UCCUUUUAAAGGAAAAGGCAAGUGAUAUUGGCAAUUCUUUGAACGGCUUGAUGUCUGCCGUAUUUGUCGAGGUCUCUGCAGGAUUCAGGAUGAGAAACAAAUCUUGGAGUUCAACAAUUAAAGAACCGUCGAUGAUUGCACGCAUAUGUCUAGCACUUGUUUUAUCGCUUGUCCAAGUGCUAGUGCUUGCUAUUGUCUUAUGUCCUCUUGCAAUUCUGUAUCUGCUUGGGCUGUAUCUCUCUGCUGGAAUUUCUUUAUGGCGUCUAAUACAACACGAUUAUGGUAACAGCGAUGGAGGCACCAACCUGAAGCCAGCGCUGAACGUCUUGUACUCUUUAGCCGUGGCCCAAGGUGUGGUUUACGGCUACAGGACCAUCUACGAUUUAACGGCAAGAACAAGACUAGUGGAAUUAGUGGCCCAUCAUUAUUCACUAGAGACAGACUUGGUUUCAGAGUACUUGGAUGAAACAGUGGAAGGGUGCAUGAAGGAUUCAUCUUUUGCAAGUGGAAGGAACCUUGUCACAUAUGCAGUGGACUUAUUGAUGGAAUCUAAGUCAAGGUACGGCUAUGUUUCUGGGGUUCUGAUUCUUGGCACAGUAACCAUGAAAUGGUCGACAGAUGAACAGUCUGGUCUGAUAAAACAACUACUGGCUAAGUCAGCAUCAUUUAGCCAUGUGGUGCAGCAACUGGUAGAGACAUUUGGUCCGACAAGCCCAUAUAGCACAGAGAUCAGGCUCCAUGCUGCUAGGAUAGUGGAAAAUGUUGCUGGCAGCGUCCGUUUGGAACAGUUCCCUAAGGGCACGAUGAUUGAGUGCAUAUCAUCCCUGCUCGACACAUUUGAGGAAUACAGUUGGCGACCUGAGGGAUAUAAGCGAUAUUUGGAUGGUCACAAGGAGUAUGAACGGGACUGGCUGCUAGAUCAAGGGGAGCUGUGGUACUGUUACACUGUAGAUGCAGUUCCAAGAGUAUCCUCCAGCAAGACACAGGAAAGUGACAAUGACGAUAACCUGCUCCAGAGCUACAAAGGUCUAGUGGUGCAAGGCCUGCGUAUCCUCCAGAAGCUCGCAAUCAACGAGGAGAACUGCAGAGUGAUAAGCAACACCCAAGUUCUGCUAUCCAAGACGAUGGCGCCCCUGAUCUCAGGGAAACUCCAUGAGGACCAUCAUGAUGAAUGGUCCAUCAUAGCAGAGGAAUCACUAGAAUUCAUGAAUCGGUUGAUGGCGACUCUAGGAGAAGGGACCGAAACAACAAAUCUGACAAGUGAGAUCUCAAGCAGCAGCCAAGCAGCGAUCAUCAGAACCCUGGGGUGCCACAAAUGCCCCAUGUUGCUGAAAAGAAAAGCCACACAGGCCCUCUUACAAUUGUCCCCGGAUACACCACCCUCCAUUGGAAGUGGAAGCAUAAUAUUCGUAUGGAUACUGCUGGACAUUUUUCUUCUGCCAGAUUAUCACUUUGUUGACAGGAUAUGCGGUGCCACUCAUUUGCUAAAGAAAAGUAGCUACACCACAAGAUUAGCAGGUCAAAAAAUGCAGGCCAUGAUGAUACCUUCGAUAACAGAGGCAACUGACACGAGUAUGCUACCAUCAGUUGUUAGUAACGUUAUUGGCAGCCUCGCCAGAACUGUUGCAGGUGCUGAAAACAAUGCACACAGAAUACAUGCAGUAACGAUCCUGGACCAUCUCUGUCAAUACUACACCAAGGACGAUGAAAAUCUGAAGGAGCUGAAGAAAGCCGUGGCCAAUGUGAUAGAAGAGGUGCUCAAAGAAAUUGUCCAUGGGCCCACGACAGAAGAAAUACAAGUUGUGACUGAAGCAAACAACGGCGGCAAGGUUCUCCUCGCAGAGGGUCCGGACUUAGAACAAGGUGGUUCUUCACAUGAUAAUAAGAAUAAUGGACAGGAACGCCGCUCAUCUACUCCUCAUCAGCAAAAGGGUGAGCAACACCAGGGAAUUAUCCAACUGCAGGAGGCCUUGAUAGGAUUGUGCUGGUCUAUAAAAUUCUUUUGGAUUAAUAAAGACCAAUAUUUGUCUCGUCAGUUCAACGAGAUCGCAGCCAAUAUAUGUUCGGUACAGGGGAUGCCUCACAAGACUUUGUAAGGGUGUGCUCCUAGGGUAUGAACAGGAAGAACACGAAAAAUACGAUAUGUAGAGUGCUUAAGAACUUAACAUGGUAUUUGUUACAAUUGUU